AUGCUGGGAGAGCAGAGCCACAGCUUCAACUUGGACCUGUUUGGAGUCGGCCUCAUCCUCUUCAGGCUCCUCGCUGGGUAUGCGCCAUUUGAGCCGCCUUCUCGCUUCACCCAGCCAGAGUUUGACGAGAGGUACUGGUGCCACGUCAGUGGUCCGUGCAGAGAACUGGUGGCACAGCUGCUGUCGCUGCAGCCAGCGAAGCGUGGCACGGCGGCCGAGUGCCUCCAGCACGCAUGGUUGGCAGGGCUUCAGCCACCGGAGCCUUCGCCUGAAAAGCUCCAAGAGCUCUCGACGUACGGCGCCCUUCCGGACACCACCGUCCUGUUCUGGCCUGUAAAUCAGAUCCCGUCGAAGGAGUGGCAGAAAAGUUAUGCCAACCUGGCGGACGCUGCUGGCGAGGACGAAGAGCUGUCACCGACAUCUGCUUAG